AAGUACAAAAAGGCAAAGAAGACUAAGAAUGUUGUUUGAGAAUUAUAUAAAAUCGAUUUUUUUAUUUUAAUAUAGAACAAUUAUUUUGACUUUAUGAAUGAGUUUGCUAUAUUCAAAAAGUUUAUCAUCUAUCUACAACUACGAUUUAAAUCAUAAUUUAUAACUUUUAUUUAAUGUUAUUAAAAGUAUUGUGGGGUUCGAAAAAUACAUUUUAAUGAAUAAAUAUUCAUAUAUCUUGUAACUUUGUUAUAAGAAUAAAAAUGUCCUGUAAUUAUGCGGAGGGCCUUUCGCCAUAUGAAGAUAAAGGAGUUCUCGGUAUACCUGAGAAAUUUGACUCUAUAGAGAAAUUAAAUGAGAAGUGUAAAAUCUUAGCGGAACUUAUAGAAACAAGUAAACACAUAGUAGUUCACACUGGGGCUGGUAUAAGUACCACAGCUGGGAUUCCAGAUUUCAGAGGGCCAAACGGCGUGUGGACGUUAGAAAAGAAGGGUAAGAAGCCCUCAAUUAACAUAUCAUUUACCGAUGCUAAACCAACAAAAACACACAUGAUACUAAAAAAUCUAGUCGAAUGCAACAAAGUUCAGUACAUAAUCAGCCAAAACAUUGACGGUCUGCAUUUGAAGUCAGGGUUACCAAGGAAAUACCUGUCGGAACUGCAUGGCAAUAUGUUCAUUGAUGAAUGUAACCUGUGUAAAAAACAGUUUGUAAGAAGCAGUCCCGUUGAAACGGUUGGUAAGAAAUGCAGCGGAGUGCCUUGUGCUUCCGCUCAUGCCGGUGGUAGACCCUGUAGAGGUCGUUUGUAUGACGGAGUAUUGGAUUGGGAGCACAGUCUGCCGGAAAAUGAUUUGUUAAUGGCCGAGUGGCAUUCCAGUGUCGCUGACUUGAGUAUAUGUUUAGGUACAACCCUACAAAUUGUGCCAAGCGGUAACCUACCAUUGGAUACUGUGAAAUAUGGUGGAAAAUUGGUUAUAUGCAAUUUGCAGCCGACAAAACAUGAUAACAAAGCGGAUUUAGUUAUAAACUACUAUGUGGAUGACGUGUUAGAGAAAGUCAUGAACAUUAUGAAAAUAGAGAUCCCACAACAUAAUGAAGGAGAUAAUUUACUGAUAAAGGCAGAAACAUCUAUAAUAGAUUGGACGAUAAGCAGAAAGGACGUUUUAGAAAUGGAGAAAAUAUUCAAAGCGAAAUGUAAAGGUGUUAAAAAGAAACGUGUUCUAAUAAAGAAGAGAAACAUUACGGAUGUGAACAAAAAUGAUGAUAACACGAAAAUGAUGAAACUGGAAGCAGACGACAAAGAUCUUAGUAAUACAAAAGAGAUUCUUGCUUUUUAAAUAUUAUAAACUUUAA